AUGCUGGCCUUUUCCGAGCCAAGGCUCUCUACCACGGUUCUGAUUGUGGGUGCAGGUUCAACUGGACUCGCUUUAGCCCAGGGCUUACGGAAGGCUGGAAUUCCUUCCAUCGUGGUAGAAAAACAUGAGACCCUUCAUGCUCAAUCCCGUGACUGGAACAUGGGCUUGCACUGGGGUGCAAGUUCAUUAAAAGCUCUCCUGUCAGAAGAGCAAUGGGCGCGCAUUCAGUCAGUGCAAGUCGACCCCAAUGAGCCCACGGCAGAACAUGAUGCUCUCAAAUUCUUCAACGGGCAGUCGGGAGAGAUCAUGGCGUCCAUACCCGCGCGCCUUUUCUAUCGACUACGUCGCCGAAAGUUACGAGAUCUCAUGGAGCAAGGGUUGGAUGUUCGAUACGGCAAGAAGCUCGAUGCAAUCGAAUAUUCCGCCGAUGGUCAAUAUGCCGUUGCAAUAUUCGAAGAUGGUUCAUCUCUCUUGUCUAAACUUAUAGUAGGCGCUGAUGGAGCCCAGUCGAAAACACGGCAGCUCCUACUGGGGCCUGGUCUGGGACAGGUCCGCCGGCUUCCUUACUGCGCAACGUUCGUUCAGGCGCAGUAUUCCGCUGAGCGUGCUCGAUUUCUGCGACAGUUCCACCCUCUUUACCUUGCUGGAAUCAACCCCGAGGGGUAUUUUUCUUUCUUCGGCGUACAUGAUGCGACAGACCGCGAUAAACCUGAAACCUGGACCUUUUUCUUCUACAUAUCAUGGCAUUCAUCUCUACAAGAGCAGAAAGAGACAGCUGGUUGGACCAACUCCCAACGGCUAAAGCAAGUCAAAAAGUUUGCCCAGUCAUUUACCGACCCCUGGAGGAGCGCGUUCGAAUGGCUGCCGGAUGAUCACCAAGCUUGGUACAUGGGCUUGAGUGACUUCGACCCGCGGGCCAAGGACCACAGGUGGGAUAAUCACGGGGGGCGGGUAACAUUGGCCGGCGAUGCAGCACACGCAAUGACAUAUCAGCGUGGCCAGGGUUUAAAUCAUUCGAUCACGGACGCAGCCAACCUAGUGGAAGCGGUGCGACGCAUGGUGUGUGGAACGGCGACCCAGGCGAGCGCUAUAGCAGACUAUGAAGACGAAAUGAUCGCCCGAGCGGGCGGCGAGGUCAGCCUCUCUACUGUCAACACGGUGAUGCUGCAUGACUGGCAGAAAGUGCUACAAUCACCGGUUCUAACGUCCGGUAUGAAACGAUCUAGCCAGGACCGAAAUUAG